AUGUUCAAAUACGUACAAACGAUGAAUUUUGCAACGGCCAUGUUAAUUUUUCCUUUUGGCGUUUCGAUAAGUACAAAUGUGAGGCCGCCCACCACGACGACGACGACGACGACGACGACGACGGUUUUUCCUACUCCUAAUACGUCAAAUGGUUUUCCUUCGUUUGAAAUGUCAUCGUCGACCGAAAAAGAUUCUUCUUCGACAUUGUCGGAUAAUUCUUCUACGUCAUAUAAACCUUUCCCUUCUCCGAAUAAUUUUUCAUCCCCCUUACCACCUCCAUCAUCUUCUUCUCUGUCUUCGUACUCUCCCCUUUCUCCUCUGUCAUUCAUGAAUAUUUCUUCGUCGACAACUACUUCCUCUCCUUCUCCGUUACCCGAUGUAAAUUCUUCGACACCGUCGUUGCCUUCAACAUCUUCAUCACCACCUGAUAAUUGUACAACAUUGUCACCUUCAACUCUUUCAUUAUCUCCGAACAAUUCUUCUACGUCAUCUUCUUCUUCUUCUUCUUCUUCGCCCUCUUCUGUUUCUUCCACAACACCUUAUACAGAAAGCUCUUCAGCAUCCUCUCCGUCCUCAUCCUCUUCCCAACUUCCCGAUAAUUCAACCUCCUCACCAAUCAGUACAACUAAUCCGACAACACCAACUCCGAUUCCAGGAUCGCAUCGCGGAUUUAAAAUUUACUGGAACGUUCCAUCGGACAGAUGUAAAAAGCACAACAUCCAUUUUGAACCGCUGACGAAAAUGUACGGUAUAAUCGCUAAUAAAAAUGAUUCGUUCAGAGGAGAAAAUGUAAGCAUUUUAUACGAUCCUGGAGAAUUUCCGAUAAUACAAAAGUUUCCGAAUAACACCGUAAAAUAUCACAACGGUGGAUUUCCACAAAAUGGAAGUUUAGAGAAACAUUUAGAAAAAUUGAAGGCAGACAUCGAAAAAUUCGUUUAUAAAAAUUUUUCCGGUUUGGGAAUAAUCGAUUUUGAAGUAUGGAGGCCAGUUUUUCGUCAAAAUUGGAACGAUCAAGUCAUAUACAGAAACAAAUCAUUCGAAUGGGCAAAAGAAUUAAAGAACAAUUGUUCAAUAGCAGAAGGAAAAAUCAAUGCGACGGCAAAAGAAACGUUCGAAGCACACGCCAAAAAAUUCAUGUUGGAAACUCUUAAAGAAGUUAAAAAAUUGAGACCGGAAGGAAAAUGGGGAUACUACGGAUUUCCAUACUGUUACAAUUAUAGAGUUAAUGAUACUCCAGAAUGUCCGAAAAUUGCCGUUAAGGAAAACAACGAGACUUUGUGGUUGUUUAACGAAAGCACGGCUCUUUAUCCAUCGAUUUACAUAAAGACGAAAUACAACGAAACGGAACACGUAAAAUUUAUGAUUGGAAAAUUAAAUGAAGCUUAUAGAGUUUCCGCCAUGGCUAAUUACGUUCCCGUUUAUCCAUACGUUUGGUUUAGAUAUUUAGACAAUGAUACUUAUUUAACAGAGGCCGACAUGUUUUAUUCCAUAGACAUACCAAGACAUUAUCAAAUGGGCGGUAUCAUUUUGUGGGGAAAAGGAUCGGAUUUGGAUUCCAAAGACAAAUGUCAAAAAUUUUUCCAAUACAUGAACGAAACCUUAGGACCGGCUUUGAAUCGAAGUCUGUCCUAUGGAAACCGUUUAAAUCACACGAUACUCCAGUGA